AAACCCAAUCUGUCAACUUGCCGCCCCCUUCUCUCCCCCCAUUUUUAAAAGAGCCACCCUCUCUGUUUCUUCUUCUUCGCCUAACAACCACUCUCUGGGAUUAAUCAACGCUCAAUCAUCAGUCAUGGACGGUGGUGAUAGUAGUUUCAACAAAGCUUGUAACCCUUAUGUUACUGAACAAGAAUUUGAAGAUAACAACGUUUCAUCAGAAACCGGCGUCGAUUCUCCUCCUUCUGCCACGCUCAACGACAUCAAACACUCGCAUAAAAAAGGUAGAAGAUCCAUACAGAAAAGAGUACUGUCAGUGCCGAUCAAGGACGUUGAAGGUUCCCGCUAUAAAGGUGAGAGUGCUCCACCGUCCGAUUCUUGGGCUUGGCGAAAGUACGGCCAGAAACCCAUCAAAGGCUCUCCUUAUCCCAGAGGAUAUUAUCGUUGUAGUAGCUCGAAAGGAUGUCCGGCGAGGAAACAAGUUGAGAGGAGUCGUGUGGACCCUAAAAUGUUAGUGAUCACCUAUUCCUGCGAACACAAUCACCCUUGGCCCGCUUCUAGAAACAACAGCGCCGCCGCUAAACAAGCUGCUGCUGCUGCCGCGUCAGCGGCGGUGGCUGUAGAGGAGACACCAACUACUACUAAAACCGCUGUAAAGUCCGAGCCAUCUACGUCGCAACAUGAUACGGAACAGGAAUCAGGGACGGAAGAGAGGUUCGCUGAUUUGACGGACGACUCCAUUCUUACAACAGGGGAUGAAUUUGCUUGGUUUGGGGAAAUGGAAACGACCUCUUCGACGGUUUUGGAGAGCCCGCUGUUCACGGAAAGGGAUAACUGCGAUGCCGACGUGGCGAUGAUUUUCCCAAUGAAGGAAGAGGACGAGUCGUUAUUCGCCGAUCUCGGCGAGUUGCCCGAGUGCUCGUUUGUGUCCAGCCGAAUGUGGGACCACAGGUCGGGAUCUACAGACACGUGGAUUAUUAACAAUUUGUAA